CUAUGUAUAUGUAUAUAUUAUGGAUGCCUAAUGAAAUAAGAGAAUAACUGACAAUUUUCUCUCUUCCUCUCUCUCCCUUUCUCUCUACUUUCAUAAUACGUUAUCAGCACCAUUGCUAAUUGUUGAUGAAAAUCAAAGGAAACCGCAAUUGAACAAAGGAGAAAAUAACUACGAGAAUCAUCGUUAUCGCGAAUUUAUGUCAAACCUUGCAAAGCUUGAGAUUGUGGCCCUUGAUAUUACUGGAAAAAACUAUUUGUUAUGGGUGUUAGAUGCUGAAAUACACCUAGAUGCUAAACGGCUUGGUGACACAAUAAAAGAAGGAAAUAAAGCAACAUGUCAAGAUAAAGCUAAAGCUAUGAUAUUUCUUCGCCAUCACCUCCACGAGGGGCUUAAAACUGAGUAUCUGACAGUUAAAGACCCACAAAUCCUUUGGAGUAAUCUAAAGGAAAGGUAUGACCACCAGAAAACUGUGAUAUUGCCAAAGGCUCGUUAUGAUUGGUUGCAUUUGAGAUUACAAGAUUUUAAAUCUGUGAGUGAAUAUAAUUCAGCCAUGUUUAAAAUUACUUCUCAAUUGAAAUUAUGUGGAGAGAAAAUUACCGAUGCAGAUAUGUUAGAAAAAACAUACUCCACUUUUCAUGCAAACAAUGUUGUCCUGCAGACACAGUAUCGAGAAAAAGGUUUUAAAAAAUAUUCUGAAUUGAUAUCUUGUCUUCUUGUGGCUAAACAAAAUAAUGAGCUGUUAAUGAAAAAUCAUGAAGCACGCCCUACUGGCUCAACUCCAUUCCCUAAAGCGAAUGUGAUAUCCCAUAGCGGGAAAAUAUCAAAGAAUAAAGAUCAUGCCAGCAGCAGUGGUCGUGGUCGUGGCCAAUGGCGAGGCCGUGGGCGUCGACGUGGUUUUGGUGGCUAUGGUAGAGGUCGUGGAGGUUAUUACAAGAACUCACAUUCCCACCAGAAGUGGGACCGCAAAGAUGGUAAAGGUGAGAAAGGAAAAAGUGACAAUGUGACUAGUGUUUGUUAUCGUUGUGGAGGAAAAGGCCAUUGGUCACGCGUAUGUCGCACUCCAAAACACCUUGUUGACCUUUAUCAAUCAUCAUUGAAGAAGAAAGGAAAGAAUGUUGAGACCAAUCUUGUAUUUGAAGAUGGCGAAGGUGAUUUUGAGUCUGGUGAUACAACUCACCUAGAAGUUGCAGAUUUCUUUACUUCCCCUGAAGGGAAUAAUUAAGUUUUUAAUAUGUUGUGUUGGAUUUGGUAUAGAAUUGUAGUAUUUUAAUUAUGACAUUAUGUGUUUAAGUUAUGAACUUUGUGAUUGUAUAAUGACUUUAUAUUCUGUGUGUUUUCUAAGAUAUUGUAUUAUUUUGGGUGUUUUAUUUUAUAAUGGUUAUUUUGGA